AACCUACAUUCCUUGGCAUCACGUGAUGAAUCAUGGCAGAAUUAGGGAAGGCAAACAACGGUGCAACGAACAAACGAUUGAGGAGCACUCCGACUAGAAGGACUCCUGUAAAUAGGCCUAAAAGACGUCCUGCUGUCUCUGCUGCUGCCAUCAAAGGUAUUCAAUUAGUAUAGCGGUGUGGUGAACAGAAGGAGAAGGUUUUCGAGUUGAGGCUGUUUCUCGGGACCAUCAUUCAUUGCGUAUUUGUGAUAACAUCUUUUAGGCACCAGUCCACUAUUCCUAACUUUUAAUUUUGUGGCGUUCUAUUUGGUUUGUGAUAACAUCAGCCCACUUUUCCACCUAGUUCCACCUGUGUUACUACUUCAUGUACAAUUACAGCUGGCUCUAAUUAACUCACCUCUAUGUGGUGAAGAGGCUGCUUUCUGAACGAUUUCAAGUUGAAUCUGUUUUUCAGUCAUUCAAUAGUGAGAGACUGUAUAUAUCUUAAUAUAUCACCAAUUGAUGGCACCUCAUUGAAAUGCCUCCUCCACUCAAGGGGUAUCAAUAAUCGUUAUAUUGGGAAGAUUGCAAUGCUAGCCAAGUCAAGGGAAGAUCUGGACCACUUACAUAGGAUCUGUGUUACUGAGAUGAUACUAAGAAGAGAUUCAGGAAGCUUUUAUUAAUGACUCCAUUGAACCGUGUGUCAGCCAAUGUGGCUUAUUUCCUCAACUGUUUACUAACUGAUACUGAAGAGAUUGUUUCUGAUGAAGUUGCUGCUACAAAAAAGAAGUCCAAGAAGAAGGGAGGAGGAAGUGGUGGUAGUGGUGCUAGUGGUCCAGUCACUAAAACUACAUCUGCUGGAAAUGACUUGUCUCAAGGAAAGUUAUGGAAACUGUUAGUGGAAGAUGUACUUCAGCAUUUCCUGUACACAUUGGAAUAUAAUUCUGUAACUCACAUGUGUACUACUUGUGGUGUUAGCAGAGUCUCUCUUCUCAGGGAAUUCUGUAACAAAACAGGAGUACAGAUUACAUUGAAGGAUUACAAAUUUUCCUUGACUGCUCCAUUGAAUGAAGCUGGGUUCUUAUUAAAACUUAAAGAGGUUUUCUCUACCUUCUAA